AUGCUUCAACUCUGCACCAAUACAACUCAAACAGUCUGCCGGCCAUGCCAAGAAGGCUCCGAAUUCGCCGUGGAAGCUUCAGCAACUGCCAAAUGUAUGCAAUGUAAACAGUGUCAAGAAUUGCACCCAUUCGCCAAAUUUCGGAAACACUGUACCCCAACUUCUGACGCGGUGUGUGAAUGCGUCGCUGGUUACUUCUUCAUCGAGGUCCAUUCCACAUGCCAGGGCUGCACCAAAUGUCCGCCAGGCUACGGAGCUGAAAAACCAUGUAGUUGGAAUGAAGACAGUAUAUGCAAACCGUGCCCAGAAGGCACCUGGUCAUCUACAGAAUCAGCAACACAGAAAUGCCUGACAUGUAGAAAGUGCAAGCCUGGACAGAUUGAAAUGAGACCAUGCACAGCUACUCAAAAUACUCUCUGCUGUCCGCUUUACAACCCCAACUGUGAUGAAAAUUAUGUUGAAGAUGAAUUCGAUGAUUCAAAGUCCUUGACAGGUGUUGGCCAAUUACCCGAGAAUUCAUUCCCCCCACAAUUUACCUAUGGCGAUGAUUACCCAAUGAUCACUAUCUACUGCUCCCUGUUAGGAUUAGUUAUACUCACUCUUCUUAUCUACGUCUUCUACAAACUAUGGCAACAGAAACUUUCCAUGGAGGACGCUAAAAGUAUCGAUGCUGGAAUGUUUCACCCUGCUUUCACUGGAAUUAAAGCAAGUGGAGGAAAAUCCAAAAGUUCAAAAUCAUCUGUUUCUGUAAAGGAUUCUAACGACCGACAACAUCUGCUUGGUGAAACUCAACAAUAUUCCUAUGAUCCACAAAAAUCUGGCAUUCCAGACCAACUUCUGUUGGAAUUAUCCCAAGGUCUCGCUGUCGACAAUCGCUGGAAGCACGUUGGUACUAAGCUCGGGUUCAAUGAAGAAUCUCUUCAGACCUUCGAGAAGCCAAAGAUUUCUGAGGAAUCUGGAGAUGCUAUAUCUGUAGUGAAACGUAUGCUCACCUCGUGGUAUUCUUCUAGAAUUUGUACUGAUCCCACACCUCUUAAUUCCCUCCUGGUUGUCCUGGAAAGUUCUCAUGGAACUAGCAAACUCGCCCGACAUUUGAAAGAGUAUUUGAAAUCGUCUUGUGCAAUAAACUCCUCGACGAAUAGCUGCCCAAUUUCAUACAACCAGUGA